GAGAUGUGAGGGAAGGAAAGAAAGGGAGGCGAAAAGAGGGACAUUGCAUGAUUUGCAUUUGCAUCUGAUUGGAAUCUGCACACACUUACACACAUUUCCAAAAGUCAAACUCACAACUUCAUGGACGCAGGAGCCGCCGACGAUCAUUCACCGGAAGCCGCCAUAUCGCGAUGGAAAUUCGCGGUGUCUCGGCAGUAUCAGCACAUUCUGGACAAGACUACCCCUCACGUUCUCCGCCGUUGGAUAGGCUGCUUGGUGGUGGCCUCCGUCUACGUCCUCCGCGUCUACUUGGUCCAAGGCUUCUACAUCGUCUCCUACGCUCUCGGCAUUUACAUCCUCAACCUCCUCAUCGGUUUCCUCUCCCCUCAGGUCGAUCCCGAGAUUCACGACGGCCCCACCCUCCCCACUCGAGGAUCCGAGGAGUUCCGCCCUUUCGUUCGCCGCCUCCCUGAGUUCAAGUUCUGGUACUCGAUCACGAAAGCAUUUUGUAUUGCAUUUGUCAUGACUUUCUUUAGUGCGUUUGAUGUUCCAGUGUUCUGGCCCAUACUUCUCUUCUACUGGGUUGUCCUGUUCACACUCACUAUGAGGAGACAGAUAUCACACAUGAUCAAAUAUAAAUAUGUACCGUUCUCAUUUGGGAAACAGCGCUAUGAUGGAAAGAGAGCAACAGCAGAAAGUGCAAGCCUUCCCACGGACUGAAAUUUUCAGUUUAAUUAAACUUUAUUUGUUACAUUUAAGUCACAACCACGCUUGUGACUGCAGUAUAUUUAACAGCUGGAGCAAUCUGAGGAUUUGGUGGAUGAAGAAGAUUGCUUUAAGGUUUAGCAUGGACGUAUGACAUCUGGAUGUUCAAUUCCCAAUUGAGCAACUGUUUGGACAUCUUCAAUGUUUCUACGCCUAGUAGAAGAUUUAGCUUCGGGGAGAUGUAUUUCCAGUGUGAUACGUCACCCUUCUAGUAAAGUCCUCUUUUUUUUUUUUUAAUAUUUUCUUUCUGUAUAGGUGGGCAAAUGCCAAACUCUUAUUGCUGAAUUCAUAGCCAAAUAACGAGAAUUUUAAGAAGCCUGCGCUGAAGGGAUUCCCUUCAUUAUUUGCAAUGGGG